UUUGGAAGGAAAGAGACGAUGGGGCCAGCAAGAAAUUUUAAGGCAAAUUGUAACCAGAAAAACCCCACAACAAAACAAACGGUCUUACAAACCCAACAGUCCCCACAGACCGUAUAAAAUCAGAAAACAAGGACCGUCAAUUAAGACCCAUAACGUCAUCACACACGUCAUAUCAUUAUGCCAAAACGAUACCCCACGACGUGGUCGCAAAACCAAAGUUCAAAUCUUGUUCUCCAAGCCAACUUGGACUCUCUCCGAACUAUGUGGGCCCCAAGAUUCCAGGAGCCUACGGUUCUUCGCCAAUAAAUACCAAACUCAGACCUCUCACAAACAUUUGUUUUAAGUUUUUUGUUUUGUUUCUUCCGUCUCAAUUUCCAAGAUUGAUUGAAACAAACUCAGUCACGCCGAAAAUGUGUCCCUCUGAUCGAACCCUAACCGCUUCGACACCGUCAUCGACCUUGGGAUCCGAUUUCCGGCCAGCAUUCGACGUCCUCGACAAGGAUCGCGACGGUAAGAUUAGCCACGACGAUCUCAGAGCGUUCUACUCUGGUUUUUCGAGCUCCGGCGCCGACGAAAACGUUAUUGGAUCAAUGAUAAAGGUGGCGGACUCGAACAAAGACGGUUUCGUCGAAUACGACGAGUUCGAACGCGUUUUGGGGUGCCAGAAGAGCAUCUCCGUAGGAGGAGGAGGAUUGAUGGAGGAAGUUUUCAAGGUCAUGGACAAGGACGGUGAUGGGAAACUGAGCCAUGCCGAUUUGAAAAGCUACAUGAACUCCGCUGGUUUACCUUCCACUGAUGAAGAUAUCAAGGCUAUGAUUUUGAUGGGCGGUGGUGAUGAAAACGAUGGUGUUUCAUACCAAGGUUUGCUUAAGAUCUUGGCCGUUGAUUAACUUAACUUAGCUAAGGUUUAAGGGAUUGAUUUGAUUGACUCAUGGUUGACUUUGAUUCCUUACAAAAAAUAGAAUAAGUAUUGCAGUAGUUAGCUGGAAUUUAAAGUUCCCAGUUGUAGUACAAGAAGAAAUUCAUUUGCACAUUCCAGCAAAUUUAAUGUGGAAAACGCCCCCCUGAACAUUAAUGAUUUUGUUUGAAUGUAGUGGCAAAGUCAAUUUUCAUGUGUAUUUUGUGACUGUUUGGUUUUUUUUUGGAAUAUAAUAUUAAUCGUCAAUUUUUAUUAUUAUUA